AGACUGGAUAUACAGGAUUCACUGUCUUAAGCAGUUGGUUAAAUUUGAUUUGCUUUAACCCAGAGAGCCCUUUUGGCUACCAUUAGCCUGGCUUAUUUCAGAGCCAUCUACAGGAAGCUUGGGGUACCGUACCAAUUGGCUCUCUCCCAUCCUCCACUCCGCCAUCACCACCAUGUCGACGUCUUCAUUGCGCCGCCAGAUGAAGAAUAUUGUACAUAAUUACUCCGAAGCCGAAAUCAAGGUCCGGGAGGCUACAUCAAAUGACCCUUGGGGCCCAUCUAGUUCGCUCAUGUCUGAGAUUGCCGAUCUCACCUAUAAUGUGGUAGCCUUCUCAGAAAUCAUGAGCAUGAUCUGGAAGCGUCUCAAUGACCACGGGAAAAAUUGGCGUCAUGUCUAUAAGGCUAUGACACUUAUGGAAUACCUAAUCAAGACAGGCUCAGAGCGGGUUGCACAGCAGUGUAAAGAGAACAUCUACGCCAUCCAAACACUAAAGGAUUUUCAGUACGUUGACCGGGAUGGCAAAGAUCAAGGGGUCAACGUGCGGGAGAAGGCCAAGCAGCUGGUGGCCCUCCUUAAAGACGAUGAGCGUCUCAAAGAAGAGAGGGCCCAUGCCCUCAAAACUAAGGAGAAGCUGGCCCAGACCGCAACCGCUUCUUCUGCUUCGUCGUCUUUGGCAAAUGCCCCAGUAGAAGCAGAGCAAGCAUGGCCCCAGAGCAGUGGGGAAGAAGAGCUACAGCUACAAUUGGCCCUGGCCAUGAGUAAAGAGGAAGCGGAGCAGGAAGAGCGGAUCCGGCGGGGGGAUGACCUACGUCUCCAGAUGGCCAUUGAAGAGAGCAAGAAGGAGACGGUCCCUGCUAAGGAGGAGUCAUCCUUGAUGGACCUUACUGAUGUCUUUACUCCUCCACCACCUGCUGAUCCGUGGGGUGUUCAGCCUGUUCCUGCUGACCCUUGGGGUGCCUCUGCCAUAGUAGUGCCUGCAGCCCACACGAACCUGUGGGGACCCCCUGCUGUUGGAGCAGCCCCUACAGGAGAUCCAUGGGGAACUUCCACAGCACCUCCUGCACCUCCCUCAGCCCCCUGGGGAGUGCCCCCAGCUGCUAGUGCUGAUCCCUGGAAGGCCGAAGGUGGGAUUUCUGUGGGGCCCACAACAGCACCACCCAUAGACCCAUGGUCCUCCAGCACGGCUCCCACACCUGCUCCUGAUCCUUGGGCUCCAGCGUCCACUUUUUCAGAUCCCUGGGGGAGCUCCCCUUCUAAGCCGAGCACCAACGGCGUGGCAGCUGCCAGAGGCUUUGAGCAGUUUGAUGACGGGGACAGGGAUGAAUUCUCUGAUUUUGACAGCCUGCGCCCAGCACUGCCCAAAUCUGGAAGCAGCACAGGUGAACUGUCCCUCUUAGCAGGGGAGGUCCCUGUCUCUCAAGCUGGCAGUGGCAAGGGCAGCCCCAAUGCUUUUGACAUGGCUGCCAUGGCUGGGUCACUGCCAGAGACCUGCAAGCCGAUGCGUAAAACUCCCGAGUCAUUCCUGGGUCCCAACGCAGCCCUCGUGGAUCUGGACUCGCUGGUUAGCAAACCUGCUGCUCUAUCUAGCAGCACCAAGGCUUCCAACCCCUUCCUCCCCCCUGGUUCAGCUCCCGCCCUAUCUGCCUCGGCCACCAAUCCAUUCCAGGCAGCGGCAGCCACCCCGCUGUCACUCAAUCAGCUCCGUGUCAGUCCAGUACUUUCGUUAUCACAGCCAGCGCCACCAGCGUUUCCUGCCACAGCUCCAAUGGUCUCCGUGUCUCCCAUGGCUCCCGGGAUGCCCUUAGCCUCUGUUUCCCCCAUGCUGGCGGUGCAGCCCUUGGGGGCUGUUCCCCCUCUGGGGCUCCCUGCCAUGGGGCUGCCCCCUCAGAGCCUGCCCCCUGCCGGCGUUGUUCCCAGCAGCACUUCGGCUUCCGCCCUGGGGAGCACCAACCCCUUUUUGCUAUAACUGGGGGACCUUUGGCUCGGUGUUGACCACCUAAACAUCCCCUUUCGCCCUGUGUUCCCCAUUGGCAGUGGGGCCCUCCAAUGGCAGCCACCGAGCAGGGGCAGCUGAACUGGGAUGGGAGGGAGGUGGAAGGAAACAGAGGGACCCAAGUCUUUGCAGGCCCUCCACCCCCAUGUUGGGAGGCCAGGAGGGUCUUUCUGAAAAUUGGUUUCCCCUUUCUCCCCAGGCCCGCUCUGCUGGGACCUGGAAAGAUCCUUUUCUAGUACCAAAGUCUAAGGAGCCACAGAGGCCACACCCAGUGACUAGUUCAACGGGGAGGAAUCUAUUCACUGAAGCAGAACUGGGGGAAGAGGGCUCUUCCCUAAAAGUGAUCUUUGAAUCCUUUCACGUUUUUUU